AUGACAGACAUCCCCACCUUCGCUACCUCCCAACUCUCCCUCCUCUCUGCCGAACUCCAAGCGGAACUCACAGAAACCCAGCUCCUCACGUCCACCCAUGCACCCUCCAUCCUCCAACGCGCCGGCCUCGCUGUUUUGAACCUGCACAUAUCCUCCCAACGCACUGGUCUAGGCGGGAAAACUGUCCUCGAACUCAGCCUCGACCCAGCAGUGGGCGGCGGCGAGCUGCCAGAACAUGGCUUGCGUGUCGGAGAUAUCGUGGGCGUGGCCGAGCAACCUCGUGGUGCUGAGCGGAAGAAGGAGCGCGAAGGGAUGGAGAGUAGGGGUGUGGAGGGUGUGGUGACGAAAGUGCAUAGGGAGAACGUUACUGUGGCGUUGGACAAGGAGGAUGCUGACGUGCCGACGGGGGGGAAGCUUUGGCUCGUCAAGCUCGCCAACGAUGUCACAUGGAAGCGUUUGAACCAAACCAUGACAAAGCUGCAGAAGAUGCAGCCGAGUGAGCAUAGUUCACUCACUCAAGUGCUCUUCGGGCAGAGUUCUCCCACCCCCAUGUCCAAAGACGAACUGAAUGCCAAAGUGAAAUGGCACGAUCCCUCCCUGAAUGACAGUCAACAAGACGCCAUUCGCUUCGCCCUCGCCAGCCGCGAAGUCGCGCUCAUCCACGGCCCCCCAGGGACAGGCAAAACCCACACUCUCAUCGAACUGAUCCUGCAGCUCCUCGACCGCAAACAACGCAUUCUCGUCUGCGGACCCAGCAACAUCAGUGUCGACAACAUCGUAGAACGACUGUCCCCGCACAAAGUGCCCAUGGUCCGGCUAGGGCACCCGGCGCGCUUGUUGCCAGGCGUGCUGAACCAUAGUCUCGAAGUCCUGACCAAGACCUCCGAAGCGGCAGCUAUCGUGCAGGACAUUCGUGGCGAAAUGGACGCGAAGCAAGCUUCCAUUCGCAAGACUCGAAAUGGCCGCGAGAGGAAAGCGAUCUAUGGCGAGAUGCGGGAACUAAGGAAAGAGUACCGUCAGCGCGAGGGCAGGGUGGUGAGUGAUCUGCUCAAGCAGAGCAAAGUCGUCUUGAGCACGCUGCAUGGUGCGGGUGGUUUCCAUCUGAAGAACGAGCAGUUUGAUGUCGUGUUAGUGGAUGAGGCGAGCCAGGCGCUGGAGGCGCAAUGCUGGAUCCCAGUUUUGGCGACUGGGGCGCCGAAGUUGGUGUUGGCUGGGGACCAUUUGCAAUUGCCGCCGACGAUUAAGUCAUUGAAUGUGAAGGAGGCCAAGGCGACACCAAAGAAAGGUGCGAAUGUGGAUGAGGUGGCGGAUGGAGUUGCGAAAGUGAAAGUGAAGAAUGAGGAAAAGAGCGAGAAAGGGAAGACGAAAGAAGACGACAUCAAGCUCGAAACCACCCUCUUCGACCGCCUCCUCACCUUACACGGCAACAAGAUCAAGCGCAUGCUGACUACACAGUACCGCAUGCACGAGACGAUCAUGGAGUUCCCCUCGUGCGCGCUCUACGACAGCAAGCUCAUCGCCGCCGACGCAGUCAAAGCCCGCCUUCUCAAGGACCUACCCGGUGGCGACAUCACCGAAACCGAAGAUACCACCGAGCCUCUGAUCUUUUUCGACACCUCCGCCAGCAACGGCGACUUCCGUGAGAAGACCGAAGACAACGACGAGUCCAGCGGUCCGAAGAAGAAAAGCAGCCUCCUCGCCGAGAGCAAAGUUAACGAGCACGAAGCUGCGCUCGUAGCGUUACAUGUCGGCAACCUUGUAGAGACCGGGGUGAAGCCGGAGGACAUCGCAGUGGUGACGCCGUACAACGGGCAGCUGGCGCUGCUGUCGCAGCUACUGAAGGAGAGGUUUGUGGGGAUUGAGUUGGGGAGUGUGGAUGGGUUUCAAGGGAGGGAGAAGGAGGCGGUGGUGGUGAGCUUGGUGAGGAGUAAUGAGGAGGGGGAGGUUGGGUUUUUGGGGGAGAAGAGAAGGCUGAACGGUGACUCAAUACCCUCCCCAUGCUCUUGUCGCGAUGCUGAUGAGGUGUUUCUAGUCGCGAUGACCCGACCCAAACGACAUCUCUGCGUUAUCGGAGACUCUGAAACUGUAGGAAGGUAA